UUCUCAUCACAAAACAAUACACAUUCAUUCCAUAGAACCGUGUAUGGCCGACUCAACACCGCUUCUUUCCGAUUCUGAUAAGCCGCCGGAAACCAAACUGCCUCCUCGAUCACUCGAUGAAACCAUCGAACGCUGUAUAGGGAUUGGGUGGCUCCAAAUCUUUCAAGCAAUACUCGUCUCGUUUGCCUGGGUCUUUGACGCUCAGCAGGCUUUCAUCAGUGUAUUCACCGAUGCCGAGCCUUCGUGGCACUGCACCGAUGAAUCGGUUUGCGGCAGUUUCUCCAACGUUUGCCAACUCCCCAAGGAUUCAUGGUCUUGGGAUUGGCCAACGCACACAUCGAUUAUAUCGGAAUGGGGCCAUGAGUGUUCCGCCUCUUUCAUCACAGGGUUGCCCGCCUCUUCUUUCUUCAUGGGAUGCCUAGUGGGUGGACUCGUGCUCGCCACGCUCGCCGACUCAAUUCUUGGCCGUAAAAAUAUGCUUUUAUUCUCGUGUCUAAUGAUGUCUUUAUCUUCCAUCUUCACCGUUUUUUCGUCCAAUAUUUGGAUCUAUUCAGCCCUGAGAUUCAUCAAUGGGUUUGGCCGCGCAACAAUUGGAACUUGUGCCCUGGUGUUAUCAACCGAGCUUGUGGGAAAACGGUGGCGCGGCCAGGUCGGUGUUAUCGGGUUCUUUUGUUUUACUUUAGGGUUCCUGUCAUUACCAGUAAUGGCAUAUGUAAAUAGAGGUUCCUCCUGGAGAAAUCUGUACCUAUGGAGUUCGGUGCCGACAAUUUUGUAUUGUAUAUUAGUUCAUUUCUUAGUUCGUGAGUCCCCAAGAUGGCUUUUCGUUAAAGGACGGAAAGAGGAAGCAGUUACGACGCUCAAGAGCAUGGCUCAGACUGCUAGUGCCUUGACAAUGAGUUUCUCCAAUGUCUUAAUCGAGCAAGAAUCAGGGGAUGAGUAUGACAAUGUAGAUAUUUACUCUUCAAUCAGGAUACUUUUCAACAAGCGGUGGGCUGCUCAAAGGCUAGCCGCCGUAAUGGUUACAAGUUUCGGGAUUGGUAUGGUGUACUACGGCAUGCCGUUAGGCCUCGGAAAUCUAUCCGUCAACCUCUAUUUGGGAGUCAUAUUAAACGCUUUAUCCGAGCUCCCGGCAUCUUUGAUUACAUUCUUUCUUAUAGGGAAAAUCAACAGGAAAGAGUCAUUGUUGGGUUUCACAAUCUUAAGCGGUGUAUGCAGUGUAAUGUGUGUGGUGAUGGGCCAGUGUGGCAGUUUACAGAUAGCAAUGGAGCUGAUAUCAUUCUUCAGCGCUUGUGCGGCGUUCAACAUGUCUCUGAUAUACACAUUAGAGCUGUUCCCCACAUGCGUGAGGAACUCGGCCAUCUCAAUGGUGAGGCAAGCGCUUGUUUUCGGGAUGGCGAUCGGGAUUUGUGGGCUGCCAUUGAUCGGAUUACCGGAGACGAGAGGCGGCACAAUCUGUGACACAAUGGAUGAAGAAGAGCAAAAACAGAAUGAGAAGGCGGCCGCCGCAAUUCCAACGUUGGCAUAAGCUGUGUGAAUCCAAUGGCCUAAUCAUUGGCAACUUGCCAAUUAUUGCUUGUUAAAGUACUUUUAAUGCCGUCCCUUUU